CGGGCUGCCGCCGGCGCUGCAGGGAGGCGUCAGCUCUGCCCAACAAACGCUUGUGGCUGGCUGGGGCCCAACGCCCACCGGUGCGGGGCGGGCCAGCACCAGCGUGGAGCCCCUCAUCAUCAACCCCAACGCCGCUUACGAGAAGUUCAGGGACAAGCGCCUGGGCACCAAGGGAGUGGAUUUCUCUGACAGCAUCAGCAAGACCAGAGCAACGGGCUACGAGUCUGGGGAGUAUGAAAUUCUCGGCGAGGGUCUCGGUGCCAAAGAGACGCCCCAGCAGCGGUACCAGAGGCUGCAGCACGAGGUGCAGGAGCUGGUCAGGGAGGUAGAGCAGAUCCAG